CUGUGUGCGGAUGGGGGUGUGGGUGUGUGUAUGUGUGUGUUGUGGGGGGGUGGGGCUGGAUCCCGCGCUGUUCGCACCAGGCUUGAAGUAGCGGGUUCCGGAGCCCCGCACCGCGGCGGGUGAGGCCGGCUCCGCUGCGCAGGCCUCCGGCCGCGAGCCCUGUUUCCCUGAGCCGCCGCCAUCAUGCUGCUGCCCGUGUUCACCCUGAAACUGCGCCACAAAAUCAGCCCCCGCAUGGUGGCCAUAGGGCGCUACGACGGGACUCACCCGUGCCUGGCAGCCGCCACCCAAGCGGGCAAGGUUUUUAUUCACAAUCCUCAUACCCGGAGCCAGCAUUUCAGUGCCUCUGGGGUCUUCCAGAGCCCUCUGGAGUCUGACGUUUCGCUUCUCAACAUUAACCAGGCAGUCAGCUGCCUGACCGCAGGAGCCCUGAACCCAGAACUUGGGUAUGAUGCUCUUUUAGUGGGGACGCAGACUAAUCUUCUGGCUUAUGAUGUCUACAAUAACUCAGAUUUGUUCUACAGAGAGGUUGCAGAUGGGGCCAAUGCAAUUGUGCUGGGAACACUCGGAGACAUUUCCUCUCCUCUUGCCAUUAUUGGUGGAAAUUGUGCUCUGCAGGGUUUUGACCAUGAAGGAAAUGAUCUCUUUUGGACGGUUACUGGAGAUAAUGUUCAUUCCUUGGCCUUAUGUGACUUUGAUGGUGAUGGUAAGAAAGAGCUUCUUGUUGGGUCAGAGGAUUUUGAUAUCCGAGUUUUUAAAGAAGACGAGAUUGUGGCAGAAAUGACAGAAACAGAGAUAAUCACCUCUCUUUGCCCCAUGUAUGGCAGUCGAUUUGGUUAUGCGCUUUCCAAUGGCACAGUUGGAGUUUACGACAAAACAGCCCGAUACUGGAGAAUUAAAUCCAAAAAUCACGCCAUGAGCAUUCAUGCUUUCGACCUUAAUUCUGAUGGAGUGUGUGAACUGAUAACUGGUUGGUCCAAUGGGAAGGUUGAUGCUCGAAGUGACCGAACUGGGGAGGUCAUCUUUAAAGACAACUUUUCUUCUGCAAUUGCUGGUGUGCUGGAGGGAGAUUACCGGAUGGACGGUCACACACAGCUCAUCUGCUGUGCAGUGGAUGGGGAAAUCCGGGGCUACCUGCCAGGCACAGCGGAGAUGAGAGGGAACCUCAUGGACACCAGCGUAGAGCAGGACCUGAUCCGAGAGCUGAGUCAGAAAAAACAGAAUCUGUUGCUGGAACUCCGCAACUAUGAGGAAAACACCAAGGCUGAAUUGAGCGGUCCACAGAGUGAGGCUGAUGGACUUCGGGGUAUCAUCCCAGCCAAUACCAAGCUGCACACCGCCCUCUCGGUCAAUCUGGGGCAUGAGACCCAGGCUGCUCAUGCAGAAUUGUGUAUUUCCACCUCUAAUGACACCAUCAUCCGAGCGGUAUUGAUUUUUGCCGAGGGAAUUUUUCUAGGUGAAAGCCACGUGGUACACCCCAGCAUUCACAACCUUUCCAGCUCCAUCCGCAUCCCAAUUACGCCUCCCAAAGAUGUCCCUGUGGAUCUGCACUUGAAAACCUUCGUGGGUUACAGAAGCAGCACCCAGUUUCAUGUGUUUGAACUGACAAGACAGCUUCCCCGCUUCUCCAUGUAUGCGCUGACCAGCCCCGACCCUGCCAGAGAGCCACUCAGCUAUGUCAACUUUGUCAUUGCAGAACGGGCACAGAGGGUGAGUGUCAGGCUUUUCUCUUUCAAUGUUUUUGUACUUUCUUCUGUUGAAUUACACAGGAAAACCAUGAAGAACCGCUACAUGGAACUGUACGACCUCAAUAAAGACUUGCUAAAUGGAUACAAAAUUCGUUGUAACAACCACAUGGAGCUCCUGGGGAACCUCAAAGCAGUAAAUCAGGCCAUUCAAAGAGCUGGUCGUCUGCGGGUUGGAAAACCAAAGAACCAGGUGAUCACUGCUUGUCGGGAUGCGAUUCGAAGCAACAACAUCAACACGCUGUUCAGAAUCAUGCGGGUGGGAACAGCUUCUUCUUAGGAAAGGAAAGAAUAGGUAAUGAAAUUCCUAAAAAGGGUUUUUCCCUAAAAAUCGAGGCUAGUUUGCUUGAAUCACAUCCUGGUGAACCCAGGUGCUGGGAAUGUCAAUAGCCUUGGUGAAUGGUACAAAUGCAGACUACCACUGCAUCCCUUUCUAUGUUUAGAAUCAGUUGCACUGUUACCGAAUAAUACCAGGUUUGUGUAGAGGAGGGGAAUACUUUUAAAAUGUUAGGGCUUCAAAGUUGUUUUUCAGUAUGUAUGUAAAAUUGGUAUUAGAUAUAUAGAUACAUCUUCUUCCUUGAAAUUGUAAUUGAAUUUGUAAUUAAAAAUUUUUUCAUUAAAA